CCCUUCGUCUCUUUCGGCUCAACCCUCCGUCCCUCUCUCUUCUUUCUCUCUCUUCAAAUUUCACUUACAGAAGCAGCAAAAAGUCGCUUCUCGUUCCCCACUCUCCUGUCCCGCGCGCGUGAUGGUCUUCACCUUCUCUCCUCAAUCCCUCCCUCCCUAACCCCUCGACCGAGCUCGACCCCGCCAUGAUCUUCGCCGCCUAAUCCCGGCCCUAACUUCCCUAAACCCUCCCCCGAUCUCCCCCAACCAUGUCCUCGGAACCGCCCCCUCCGAUCCCCUCCGACCGAUCCUCCCCCGACCACCCUCCUCCGCGGGCCGAGAACCUGGCCUCCGGCGCGGACGCGGCCCCGAACGCCAGGGGCGACGGCGGGAGCAAGGGGCAGGGAGACGAGGCGAAGAACGGCACGGUCGUGGUCCCCACCAGGAGCGGGAGGCCGGCGCGGGCGUGCGCAAUUAGGGCUGCCUCCAGGCUCCAGGCUGCGCAGCAGCUGCAGCAGCAGGGCCCGGCGGAGAGGAGGCCUAAGGCUGCGAAGAAGGAGGAGCGCGAGCGGUGCGAGGAUGAGUCGCCAACGCAAUGUGCCAGCAGCAGAAUUGUCACACCGCUUGUGGCUGCUCCGGAGGCGGCCCAGCUGCCUCGGUGGAGCCUCCGGUCCAUGUGGGAAUUGGCUUCGAUACUUAAUUUUUUGCAUGUUUUUAGACCUUUGUUGAAUAUCUCGGUGGAGUUUUCUGCGGAAGAGUUUGAAACGGCUUUGCUCACACCCAAUGACACAUUGGGGGAUAUACACAUGCCUCUCUUGAAGGCAAUCCCUCCUAUUACAAGGAUGGCACUUACACGUGAUACCUGGGUUACCGUCUUGUGCAGAAAGUUGAGAGACUGGUGGCAUUGGGUUGCAGAAGGGGAGUUACCCAUUGUUGCGGCACAUGGGACUGAGGUUGAACUUUAUAAAUCUCUUGACCCCGGGGUCCGUGUGGUGAUCCUGAAAGCAUUAUGUGACAUUCGUGUAGAGCAAGAAGAUAUCCGGAGCUUCAUUGAAAAUUCAAUGAAGCAUGGCAUUCACCUUUCAGCUUUCCGUAAGGAGCGAAUUGGAGGAGAUUCAAAUGGAAUCCAUUAUUGGUAUGAAGAUGAUCCAAUAAUUGGUCAUCGACUUUACAGGGAGAUAAGGAAAGUUGAGGUUAAACGAGCAAAGGCUAGGGGUUCCCAGGUCAUCCCCAUUGCAUCAUACCAGUGGGAAACAGUUGCAACCAAUUUGGAUGAAUUUCAAGAUGUAUCCGAGAAGCUUUUCUCCAGUAAAAACAGGACAGAGGUGUCGUUGGGGAAAAAGUUGAAGAUAGACAUGCUUCCCGAGAUUGAAAGAGUUCACAAGAGGAAAGAGAGACUGCUUAAAAAGCAACACAGAGAAGCUCUUCUGCUUGAUAAUUUCUUGAACAUGGAUGGGCUUGCUCCUGGACGCUCCCUUCGUGAUAGGAAACCUGUCACCUAUACUUUCGAUGAUUAUGACCGAUCGAUCAACGAGGCUAUCAAGAUAACCAAGCGUAAGCAGCCUUCACCGGAACCUAUUAACAGAAGAGAAGGUGCUUUCAUCAAACCUGAAGCUUCUACAAAUGGCAAAUGGAGCGAACUCUUGCAUGCCUCUCCGUACACUGGUUUUAGCGCCGUAUCUCCUGGGUCACCUGAUUUUGAUGACAUUGAUGACGAUCAAAAACCCGAAAACUUGGACCGAAGACAAAGACGGAGGCCUGAGAGAUAUUCGGAGAAAGACUUUGUUGAAGCAAUAUCAGAUAAUGAGGCUGACUUUGACAGUGAUGAUGAUAUUGUUGGAGAAGCUGUUUAUGACGAGGAGUAUCUCAGGAAACGCAAACAGAGAAGGGUGUCCAGUAGCUCCGAGGGAGAUGAGGAGUAUCGUUGGGAUGAAGAAAAUCCAGAAGAAGAAGAGGAGGAAGAGGAAGAGGAACAUUCCUUGGGUAUGAGUGAUGAGGAAAGCGAUGAGCCUCGAAUGACUAAGAAAUUGCCUGGGCGUACGCGAAGGGAAACCAAAUUAAGAUCGGUGGUUGAACUCCAGUCAGGUCUGAGACGUAGUAAAAGGGCGACGAGGAAUCGUAUAAACUAUCGACAGUAUGAGCUCUCAGAAUCUGAAACGGAGACUGCAAAACCUGACAAGUGGCUUGCAUCCAAUGAGCAAUCAGAAGCAACUGAGAGUGAGGGGUAUUCAAUGGAAAGUCAAGAUUCAGAAAUGAAUGGCAAUGAGCAGGAACUCAAAGUCAAUCGUCCUGUUGCAAAUCACCCCGAUACAGCAGAAAAAGAAGAUAUUCAGCCUGCUGAGAGAAUUGAGAGCCCAAGCCAAGAGGAAGUUGCUGAUCAACCAAAAAGACGUUUUCUUGACCUCAAUGAGCUUGCUCCUGGUUCAGGCUUUGAUGAUGGUCCUAACCCUGAAACGAAGGAUGAUGAUGAAGAUGAUAUGUAAAGCUCCCACAAGGUUAGUAAUACUUUCUGAUGGAAGCUCAUUGUACCAUCUGAGGUGCUAUAAAUUUUGUAACGAGCCUGCAGAGGAAGUUAUGAUCGGAUUUUCUCUUAUGGCGUAGCCGAAGCAGCUGCCACAGUGAGCACUUGCUUUGCCAGCCAGUGGGAUCGCACUGUAGGGAGCUAUGUAGAUUAGAUAGUCAUUUUUUAGUAUGGCCACUCUGAAAAAUCCAUAGGAUGGAUUGGGAUUUGUUGGGAGACGUUGACUCGGCCCAAUCGAUGUACAAUAACAUCUAACUUAUAUGUGAAAGGUGUCGCUUUGAUGUU